AUGGAAAUUGUAACACGAAUUGUCGGCAAUCUUGCUGGACUAUGGAGGAAUCGCCGGCGAGCACAACAUGAAACUGAAAAUCUGCACAAUCGCACUAAUUCGAACAAUGGAAAACUCACCGAAGCUCAGAUUACAAAAUACCUUCAGCAAAACCCUGAGUUUCUGGAUGCGUUUAUUAUGGAUGAAAUUCAAUUGGAGCGAGUUGAAAGAUGGAUGAUACGAAAAACUCAACGAAUUCGGAAAAUUCCUCAACAGACAGGAAAAAACGGGCGAAAAACUAGCCUGAGUCGCUGGAAAUUUUGCGUGCAUGCUGACAAACGACAAAUGCUUCAAGAUCUAAUAAAUUCUUUGCAACUUAAGCCCACAAAAAUGCACGUAUUAUGGGAGCUAGCUUCUUGUAUAUGCUCUGCGGUGAACGCUGAUGGGUUUCGUCUUUAUCUAACAGACACAGAAGCAGAAUCUCUACAUCUUUGUCUAAGUAACAAUUUUAUUGAUGAAAAUGGUGAUCCAAAACCGCUGCGAAUGAAGUCAGACGCAGCCAUUCCAAACUAUGUAGCGAGAAAUAGAGAGCCAAUUCGCUUCUCUAAGGGAGACUGUGAUCAUCGAUUUGAACAAACGAUUCUAGAUAAGGGCGAAAUGGCACAUGUAAUGUGUCAACCUAUUGUUUAUCCUGAUGGAUCAUUAGUUGCAGUUCUUGAGUUGUGGCGUCGUGACUGCGGUUCUCCUUUUUACGAGGAGGAUGAAGAAAUAGGAUGCAGUUAUCUUGUCUGGGGUGGCAUUGCUAUACAUUACGCUCAUUUAAAUUUACUUGGAUUAAAGCAGCGAAAACUCAACGACUUUCUUUUAGCGGUUGUCAAGUCAAUUUUCCAAGAUAUGGUGAGCAUGGACAUGCUGGUUUCAAAAAUAAUGAACUUUGCUCAGAGACUAGUGGAUGCAGAUCGCGCAUCCCUGUUUCUUGUAGAUCAAAAAAAUAAGGAGCUAUAUGCCACAAUUUUCGACGUUGGCUGUGAAGAUAAAAUUCCGAAUGGAGAAAAUGGCAAUGAAAACAGCACAGUACCAAAGGAGAUCCGGUUUCCUAUAGGAACAGGCAUAGCUGGACAGGUUGCCAUGACGGGAGAAAUUUUAAAUAUUAUUGAUGCCUAUGCUGAUUCGAGAUUCAAUCGAUCUAUCGAUCAAUUAACAGGCUAUAAAACGGAAUCAAUUUUGUGCAUGCCUAUCUUCAUACGAGGGACUGUUAUCGGAGUUGUGCAAAUGAUCAACAAGCGUACAGGCUAUUUUAAUAAGGAAGAUGAAGAAGCAUUUGAAAUGUUUGCAGUCUACUGCGGAUUAGCUUUACAUCAUGCAAAACUAUUUGACAAAAUCCGGCGCUCAGAACAAAAAUAUCGUGUUGCUUUGGAAGUACUAAGUUAUCAUAACACUUGCUCAGAACAAGACGUAGACCAAUGUCUUACAGUUGGUAUUCCUAAAAGAAUACCUGGCAUCGAUUCAUAUGCCUUUAGUCCAUUUGAAAUUAAUGACUUUCAGAAGGCUUUAUAUAGUGUUUAUAUGUUUAAAGAUUUAUUCGGCUUAAGCCGAUUCGACAAGACUAAUUUGAUACGAUUUACACUAACUGUUAAAAAAAACUAUCGGCGAGUACCAUACCAUAACUGGACACAUGGGUUUUCGGUGGCGAACACUAUGUAUAGUAUUAUAAAAAAUUGCGGAUCCAUUUUUCGACCAAACGAGUGUUUGGCACUCUUUAUUGGCUCCUUAUGUCAUGAUCUUGAUCAUCGCGGAAAAAACAAUAAAUUCAUGCUGGAUACCGAGUCUCCAUUGGCCGCUAUUUAUAGUACGUCUACAAUGGAACACCAUCAUUUCAAUCAGACCGUCACUAUCUUACAACAAGAAGGUCAUAACAUCUUUAGUAAACUUAGCAGCACCGAGUACAAACAAGUUUUAAGUCUUAUCAAGCACUGUAUUCUUGCUACCGACUUGGCACUAUUUUUCCCAAAUAAAGAGAAGCUUAAUGCGUUAGUGGAUAAUGAGACAUUCUCAUGGACUAUCUCAGAACAUCGUAUGCUCAUUCAGGCAAUUGCAAUGACCGGAGCUGACUUGUCUGCCUCUGCUAAACCUUGGGAAGUUCAAACAGAAACAGUUAAGGUCAUAUUCGCCGAAUUUUACGAUCAAGGUGACGAAGAAAAGAAAGCAGGUCGCAAACCAAUCCCUAUGAUGGAUCGUGAUAAGCCAGGAGAGCAAGCGGCGUCUCAGUUAGGUUUUCUAACUGGAAUAUGUAUUCCGUGCUACACACUUCUCCAUAGAUUGAUUCCGGAAACACAACCAAUGCUAACCAUGUGCAAUGAAAACUUGGCAAAGUGGCAGGAUAUUGCCAAAGGAAUACGAAAAUUCGACCAAUGA